AUGAAUCGCACUCGGCUCUCUUGCCAGCACGGAGCUGUGCUCACUCGGCACUCGCGGCUGCAGGACACUUGGCGGGGAGGCUGGUGGCAGUGGCUGCUGCUGCUGGUGGGCAUCCAGCUGGCCGGUGGCCAGUGCCCGGAGCAGUGCCAGUGUGUCCGCACUGCCCAGGUGGAGUGCUCCGGUGCCGGCAUCACCACAGUCCCCAGCCCCAUCCCUGCGAAUGCCGUGACCCUCCAGAUCAUCAACACUCACAUCACUCAGCUGGGAGACGCGUCCUUCCGCAACGCCUCCCUGCUGAUUGGGCUGCGCAUCGAGAAGAACAACCUGUCGCGCAUCAGCCCUGGGGCCUUCAAGCACCUGCCCGACCUGCGCUACCUUAGCCUGGCCAGUAACAAGCUGCAGGAGCUUCCUGUGCAGGUCUUCGAGCCACUGGACAAGCUGGAGUCGCUGCUUCUCUCCAGCAACCAGAUUCUCCAGGUGGAGCCUUCCCACUUUGCCCAUCUGAGCAACCUCAAGGAGCUGCAGCUGCACGGGAACAACCUGCAGGAGCUGAAGGAGGGGGUGUUCGACCAGCUCACCAGCCUCACCAAGCUCAACCUGGCCAGGAACAAGAUCGACCCUGGCCAGGACAAGAUCGACCGCCUGCCGCCCCAGGCCGUCGAGCGGCUGGCACGGCUGCAAGUGCUGCGGCUCUACGAGAAUCGGCUCCGGCAGAUCCCAGUGGGCAUCUUUGAUGGGCUGCCGGAGCUGCAGGAGCUAGGGCUGCACCAGAACCAGCUGGAGACGCUGUCCCCAGAGCUCUUCGUGCACAACGGGAACCUGCAGAAGCUCUACCUGUCCAACAACCUCAUCACCGCCCUGCCGAGCGGCGUCUUCUUGCCUCUGCGCGCCCUCACCAAGAUCACCCUGCACGUCAACCGCCUGCGAGACAUCUCCCCCGGUGCCUUCGGGCCCAUGCCUGACCUGCGGGAGCUGUGGCUCUAUGAGAACGAGCUUUCCACCCUCCCCACUGCCGUCUUUGGCAACCUCACCCAGCUGCAGCUCCUGGUCCUCAGCAAGAACCAGCUGCGCUCGGUCGCAUCGGGGGCUUUCCGGGGUUUGGGGGAGCUGCUGGAGCUGUCACUGCACUCCAACGCUCUGCGCCGCCUGGACGCCCAGGUGCUGGAGGGGCUGCCCAAGCUGCAGAACAUCUCCCUGCACCACAACCAGCUACAGGCGCUGAACCAGCUACAGGCCCUGCCACGCGGCAUCUUCAGGGCCACCCCGGAGCUGCGGCACCUGCAGCUGCACGCCAAUGCCUUGGAGUACCUGCCCGCCGGCAUCUUCUCCCCACUGGCCACCCUGCGGGAGGUGAAGCUGCACAACAACUCCUGGCGCUGCGACGAAGGUAUCCUGCCCCUGCGGAGCUGGCUGGAGGACAACCCUCAUAAGGUGGGCGACACACCCCCUGUCUGCACCCAGCCCCCUGCCCUGCGGGGCACCCCCAUCGCCCGGCUGCUGCGGGACCAGCUCCUUGCUUCCCAGCCCUCAAGUGUCUCUCCCUACCCCCUGGGGAGCACCCUGCUCCCUACUCACCCCUCUGAGGCGGUGACACCAGAGCGUACCUGGACGGAGCCCCCCGUCGGGUCACCGGUCUCCCCCCAGGAAGAAGAGAAGGGGGGAUGGUGGGGGCUGACGCGCACACAGAGCGGGGUGGUGGUGGCGGUCAUUGUCCUGGUGUGCGUGGCCCUGCUUGCCGCGCUCGUGGCGCUGGUGGUUUACGGAUGCAGGAAGAAGAGCCAUGUCGUGCUCAUGAGGAUGAAGGCACCCAACGAAGCCUGA